AGUGGAAGAAUCAGCAAUGAGCGAUAGGAACUGGGAGCCUGCUGAUUCGUCCCUCCUCCUUCUCCGGUGUCCUUGUUGUCAUUCCCUUUGCUUCCUUGUCUCUCCCAGCGCUUCUUAAUAACCCUUCUCACACAUAUAGUGACACACAUGCAAGGUAGGCAUCUCUUUCACCUCCGCAGUGUGUAGUCAGGUGUGUGUGAGACGAGUUACAUGUGACGUGUUGAGAGGGAAGCGGUGCCCAGUUGGGUCUUCUUUUUUUCUCUCUCUCCCCCUGUCGUGUUUGGUGUCGUCCUUGGGUUACCUGGUUGGGUUCCUGUAGCUCCAGAUCUGCGCAAAUAGAGGAGGUUCAGAACACCAAGGGGAGCCACACCAGCAGGAGUGCUGAAGAUGGCGGGCAGCAUCCAACUCUCUCGGGAGGCAUUGUGCGAUGGGCUUGAUCAUCUGGCACUGCAGCAGCUCAGACUGAUGGACCAAUUAAUUCGGUGCAACAUGAUGCUGGAGGAGAAGACGAGGAGUGGCUACUUCCUUCUGAGCAAGACCCGCUACAGCAUGGGCACCAAUGCUGUCAGUUCUCUCCAGCUGCCCUCCCCAGACUCAGAAACAGAGUCUCUUGCUAAUGUGGUGACCAGUCCUGUGUUCCUAGAAGGCUACAAGGGGGAUAUAAUGUAUCACAGGGUCGACGUGAGCUUCAAAGACCCAGUGGCUCCCCUACCAGAAGAAGAGGAAGAGGGAGAAGUAUUUGAAACCCAGAAGAGUAAGAAAAAAGGCACAAGGAAAAGACAGACUGCAGAUAAAAAAGAACAAAUGAUAGAUAGUGAUAACAGCAUACUUGAAAAUGACUCUGAAAAAAAGGCCUCAAAAAAAUCCACCCGUAAGUCUGUAAAUCGUGAUCCCAUUCGCUGGUUCUCUGCCCUACCACAACAGACACUGAGACAGGCACAGCAAGACUUCAAAUCGUCCAUCUCCCUCAUUGCCGAGUGUGCCACGAUCCAGUCUAAGUUAAGAACUAUUAAUAAAGAAUACAGUCGCCUUCAGGAGAUAAAGUAUAAGGUGGAUGGAGGAGAAAAGGAGGAAUAGCAGGCACCACAUGUAUAUAGAUAUAUAUAUAUAUAUUUUUCUACUGCAGUUUAUACUUGGUAUCAUUUCCACAUUCCAGACAUUGUGUACAUUCACUAAUCAUCAUUAAUAUACGUGGAAAAUGCAGCUGUUUAAUAUCUAUAUACAUGUGAUGCCUAGUAAUUGUUACAUAAUACUCAUUAAAGAACAUAGGUAAGUGAGGCACAAGUGACUGAAGCUCAAUUGUUUUUAUGGCAGGUCUUCAUAUUGAGUAUUGUUUGGUGACCUAUGCACAGGAUUCAUGUUGAUCAUCUUGAUGAUUCAGACACACUGAAGUGUCAAAUCACAUUCAAAUAAAGGCUAAGGGAGAAA